UGGGGCUGUGAAGUCAGCACGCAGCCGUCAGUCAGUCCGGCUCGGUGCUACAACAUCUCUACAUGAAUGACAGCGCAGCUAACCGCGGCAGGGAGACACUUCGCUGUUCCACAUGAAGCGUGAGAGCAACUGGUCCGUCUGAGCCGGAUUUACAGCACCUCACUGCACCUCACGGACAGAAGACCCGCAGCCGUCCGACAGACAGGGACAUGUCACCGUGAAAUUACAGCCUCCAUCUUCGCCGCAAGACUUACCAUGAAGAGAUGACCGAGGACUUGUAGAGCUGACAGCAGAGGAGCUGACGGUAAAUGAGAGGCCGUCACCAUGCCCCCGGGGAAGUAUGGGAUGCAGGAGGAAUGGGAGAAGGAGGGGGACCAGGAGAUCAUGAUGGACUUCCUGCUGCCAACUGGGAUCUUCCUCAAAUUCCCUGUGUCACGAAAUGACACCAUCAAAACCAUCAAAAAGACGGUUUGGAAAAAUGCCAGAAGUGAGGCCUUGUUCGGUGCACUUCGGGACCCCGAUGCAUACGUCUUCACCUGCAUCAACCAGACAGCAGAGAGGGAAGAGCUGGAGGAGGAAUCGAGGCGCAUAAGUGACGUGCGGCCUUUCAUGUGUGUUCUAAGGCUGGUGGCCAGGGAGGGGGACAGAGUGGAGAAACUCACCAACACCCAAAUCAGCUUGUUAAUUGGCAAAGGUCUGCAUGAGUUUGAAACCCAGAAAAACCAUGAGGUGAAUGAGUUUCGGACUAAGAUGCGUACAGUUUGCGAAGAGAAGGCUCAGGAGCGGCAGAUGUUGCCAUGGCAGCAGUGGAUGGAGUACAGCUUCCCCUGUGACUUGGAGCCGUGCUGUUCUCCACCGACGAGUGCCAAGUCAAAAAACAAGAUUUUCAUCAAUGUCAAGUUUGAGGCUUGUGAUGAAAGCUUCAUGGUACAACAGGAUCCUCAGGACCUUCCGUUGGCUCUGAUGAAGAGCGCCUUGAAGAAGAAGGCCACCGUGUUUCGCUCGGUGCGACAGGAGCCAGAGGACUACACCCUACAGGUCAAUGGGAGAUGGGAGUUCAUCUAUGGGAAACAUCCUCUGUGCCAGUUCAAAUAUAUUUUCUGGUGUUUAAGAAAUGGCACAAACCCUCUUCUAACGAUGGUGCACCACUCCACUAUCAGUAAAUAUCAGGAGGACGAAGGCAGAAUGUGCAGCCAAGUAUUCAAAAGUCGCUCAUCGUCCAGACCUCCUCCUCUGCCCCUGAAGAAGCAGAACACCUCGUCGCUAUGGUCCAUCAAUGAGCCUUUCUACAUUCACCUGGUGCAGGGCAGCCGAGUCAAUGCAGACGAAGGAAUGAAGCUUGUGGUGCAGGCCGGUCUGUUUCAUGGCAGCGAGCUGCUCUGUAAAGUGGUGACGAGCUCAGAGGUCACCGUGUCCUCUGAGCCGCUCUGGGACCAAAAGCUGGAGUUUGACAUUAAUGUGGCUGACCUGCCUCGCAUGAGCCGCCUGUGCUUUGCACUCUACGCUGUCAUUGAAAAAGCCAAGAAGCCCCGCGGCACCAAAAAGAAGAACAAGAAAGCAGAUUGUCCUAUAGCCUGGGUGAACACCAUGGUCUUUGACUAUAAGGACCAGCUGAAGACUGGGGAGGUCCUCUUGUCCACAUGGCCAUCUGUUCCUGAUGACAAAGGUGAUUUGUUGAAUCCGAUGGGAACUGUGGAGAAGAACCCUAAUGUGGACAGUGCUGCAGGGCUGCACAUUCGCUUCUACAGCUUCCGCCCACAUCCACUCUAUUAUCCUCCACUUGACAAGACAAGUGAUGUAGAGACAAACGGGGAUGCAACUUUUGCUUCUAAAGAAGAGUACAUGAAAUUAAAAGAAAUCAUGGAUAACAGGAACUACACUGAGUUUUUCGAGGACGAGAAGGAGACUUUGUGGAAGCUUCGCGCAGAAGUCCGUGAUUGUUUCCCUGAAAGUCUGUCCAAACUGCUCCUCAUCACCAAGUGGAAUAAGCGUGAGGAUGUAGUUCAGAUGGUGGGUUUACUGAGGAGCUGGCCUGACCUGCCUGCCAUUCAAGCGUUGGAGCUCUUAGACUACAGCUUUCCUGACCCAGCGGUCCGUUCAUUUACCAUCAGAUGCCUCAGGAAGCUCAGUGAUGAUGAACUGCUGCAGUAUUUACUCCAGCUGGUCCAGGUCCUGAAGUAUGAGUCUUAUCUUGACUGUGAUCUCACCACUUUCCUGCUGGAGAGAGCUCUGUCAAACAGGAGGAUAGGACACUUUCUGUUCUGGCAUCUCAGGUCUGAGAUGCAUGUGGCGUCUGUGAGUUUGCGUUUUGGCCUGAUUCUGGAGGCGUACUGCCGGGGAAACAUCCACCACAUCAAACUCUUAACAAAACAGAUCGAGGCUCUGGGCAAAAUGAAGGCCCUGAGUGACUUUGUGAAAUCUGGCUCCCAGAAGAUGACAGUGGAUGACUUGAAGCUGUGUAUCAAACAGGAGUCCUACCUGGAGGCUCUGUCAGACUUGCUGUCACCACUCAACCCCUGCAUCAUCCUCACUGAGAUCUUUGCAGAUAAAUGCAGAUUUAUGGACUCCAAGAUGAAGCCACUGUGGCUGAUGUAUAAGAACCCCUGCGCUCAAGGAGACAUGGUGGGCAUCAUCUUCAAGAAUGGAGAUGAUCUCCGGCAAGACAUGUUGACCCUCCAGAUGAUCCAGCUCAUGGAGAACUUAUGGAAGAAAGAAGGCCUGGAUCUCAGGAUGAUUCCAUAUGGCUGCUUAUCGACUGGGAACAAGAUGGGACUUAUUGAGGUCGUAAAGCACUCAGACACCAUUGCAAACAUCCAGAGGAACAGCAGCAACAGUGCCGCCACCGCUGCCUUCAACAAGGAUGCUCUGCUUAAUUGGCUCAAAUCGAAGAAUCCUGAGGACAAACUUGAUAAAGCAAUAGAAGAGUUCACACUUUCCUGUGCUGGCUACUGUGUAGCUACUUAUGUCCUGGGCAUCGGAGACCGUCACAAUGACAAUAUCAUGAUCAGGGAAACAGGACAGCUGUUCCACAUUGACUUUGGGCAUUUCCUGGGAAAUUUCAAGCGGAAACUUGGGAUCAACAGGGAGCGUGUGCCUUUUAUCUUGACGUAUGACUUCGUCCAUGUGAUUCAACAAGGAAGGACGAACAACAGCGAGAAGUUUGAAAGGUUCAGGGAGUACUGUGAGCGUGCCUAUAAGAUCCUGUGUCGAAAUGGGACACUAUUUGUUAACCUCUUCGCAAUGAUGAAGGCAGCAGGACUGCCAGAGCUCACCUCCUUCAAAGACAUCCAGUAUCUAAAGGACUCUUUAGCACUGGGGAAAUCAGAGGAGGAGGCAUUGAAGAACUUUAAAGUAAAGUUCAACGAAGCUCUGCGGGAGAGCUGGAAGACAAAGGUAAACUGGAUGAUGCACUCCUUGGCCAAAGAUAACAGACCUUGACAAACGCUGCAUCAAGGUAUCCUGUUGAAGGACUGAAAUUUUAUGGAUUUUAACUUAUGGAGAGAAAGGGAACUUUGAUACUUUAUGAACAGCAUUCAAGGACACUCUACAAAUGUUUACGUGUUACUGGCCUGGCUUGGGAAAAUAAGUUGAGGCAUCCAAAGACAAAGCUUUAAUCCUGGAGUGUAAUUUCAGCGCGGGUAUUUUCACCAUGAAGGAUCCAUCACGCCCUUCUUCCUCCCUUUAAUCAGUGGAAUACCUUUGCCUUGAGGAACAGGAGAGGAAAUUUAAAAAACUGCUUUUCUCAUCGCCUUAAUUUGCUACUUGAAAACGUGCACAUGUGUUAUGUUGUUGAAAUGAGAGAAGAAACUGGAAGCUCCUCUCACCCACUGCAUCACUCAGCAGGGUGCAACCUGCAAAGGACUUUUAAGAUGACUUCAGAUGACACUGUUCAGAACAAUAACAGGGUUGUAGCAGUUUCUUUUUUUUUCAAGUCUUCUGUAAAGUUUACAUUCCUCCAUGACUUUAUCAUAUUAUUUCAUUUCAACUGCCUCUUUACAAUGGUGUCUUUUUUAAUGUUAUUUUUGUAUUUUAUUUAAUUUGGUAGCUCAGACAUUUUUGUAAAAAGAUAUGAAAAAUAUUCCAAAAGGUUUAGUGUUUAACUGAUGUCUAAUAUUGCCUUGAAGUACAGUGUGUUGCCUUAGUGGGGUUAGUUGACAGCAUUGUAUUAUUAUUUUCAAUAUAUUGCAGUUUAAGAAAAUAACAUGAAGCUAUUUUUGAUUGCACCCCUGUGUGCUUGGCUGUGUUAUCUAGCAAAGUCUUACCAAACACCUGAAAUACAUAGAAUAUAUACUAAGCACAAAAAAGUAAGGACAUUUGUGUUUGGUAGAUCAUUUCUUUGUUGUAAUAAUGCUUAUUGGCUCCUUAUACCAUUGGAAAGCCUGUUAAUCUCCCUUUUAAACGGUGCCAGGAACAUUCAUUUAUGGAAUGAGCAACAGAGCUGAGUCUGUGGGUUGUGCCCAUGAAAAAAUUGUCAGAUCCUCUCUGCCAAUGCCAAACAGCUUAUUCUGCUGUUGCUAUUGGCCCCUGUUUUGAACUUCUGGUACUCCCAACCUGAACAUGUGGAGGAACAUUAUGUUCACCAAGGAGUCCAGAUUUUGCCUAUAUGGAUCAUAGGAUCAAAGUGUGGAGAAGACGUGGUGAAUGCUAUGCUGAUUUCUUCACCUAUAGCAUAGCAUUGUUUGGUGGAGGUAGUGUGACGGUGUGGGGUGGCAUCUCCCUCACUGUAAAAACGAGGCUUGUCACCACUGGAGGCAAUCUCAGUGCAGAGUAAUAUAGAGAUCAGAUUCUGCAACCAGUGGCAAUCCCAUAUCUCCACAGGCUGGGACAAAACUCUAUCCUCCAAGAUGACUACACUCAUCCCCACAAGAGCAGCGUUUAUCAAAGACUACCUCUGGCAUUGGCAGGAAAGAUUUGGCUGAUUUUUCAUAGGCGCAACCCACGUACUCAGCUCUGCUGCUCAUCCCAUAAAUGCAUGAUCCUUACAAUUGUGGCACCAUUUAAAAGGGAAAUAAACAGGCUUUCUAAUGGUAUAAGAUUUAUUGCAAAUAAGCAUUUUUUUAAAUGAGAAAAUAAUCUAACAGACACAAAUUUCUGUACAUUUUUGCAAAGUUGAGUUUGACAUUCUUAAGGUUGGAGUUAUUCGAUUUCUGUGUGAGAUUUAAAGAAUCAACUUUUUUUAGUCUGUGACUUUAAUGUAAAGCUGCCGUCAGCAGCCUCUGGUUUAGCUUAUCUUACAACAAGACUGGAAACGAGGAAAGAUAUGGAAAAAUCUGUGUACCACAAAGUUUCAGUAAAACAAAAAUGAGAAUGUUGAGCAUCAAAACCAAAUCUUUUAGCAGUAACUUCUUUUUUGUUACUGGACAGAGGUAAUGCAGGAGGUUGUUUCUGUGACCUGUUUCUUUAACCAGGCCAAGCAAGUGUUCUCCAUAUCCUGGCUUCUUCAAUACUUAUUUAUGAUGAUUGUAGUUCUUCUUCUCUCUUACUUACCUGGUUUAUGGAUGUAUUCCCCAAACUAUUUCAGUAAAGACAAACCAAGUAAGAAUUGAUCUCCGGAAAGGAUUUGAAUUAAUAUUGAAAAAAUAGGUCUAAAAUUACUCCUGUAGAACCACAGACAUGCUGAUGCAUUUCUCAAAAUAUUAUAUUGUGCACACGUCCCAUUUAAAGUUCAAUCAUGACUACUAUCCCAGAUCAGGGGAUUUGUGGGUUUUGGCCUGUGUGACUGCAGGGAUGGUUUCCUUUAUUUAAGUUAUGCACUGUUAAAUCUGAAUUGCAAUUUUAAACCAAUGUACCUUGUGCCAUGAAAGUGAUGUCAUGCUUAUUGUGUCAGACAACUCUAUGCUUUUCAUACCCAGUUCUGCACAAAGCAAUGUUUGUUAAAGUGGAGUGUGUUGUUGGAUUUAAUUUUAUGGUGCUUCCUGGCUAUGCUUACAUGCUAUUUAUUUUGCUGUCUAUCCUUUAAGGAAGAUGAUGUUGUUCUCAGUUUGCCUAGCAGCUACAGCAAUCUCUAUCUUUUGUAAGAGUGUCUGUACAGUGAGGACUUUUACAAAGGAGUUAAUGUAGCUUUGGAUUACACAGAUGGUUGAAAAGUUACCAAAAUACAGUGGAACAGACUUAAAAUAUACCAUCAGUGUCCCUCAGUCGCAUGUGAAGUUUAUCAGCUACUUUAUCAAGUUGUAAAAUAUACAGCCUUUGAAUUGAUUGUUAUUCCCUAAAAUUUAGAAAUGGUACAAUUUCUUAAAGACAGGAGGUUUUUCAUGAGUGCAGCUAAAGGAGAUAAAUGGACUUAUUUGAUGGAGAUCUGUACUCUACAUGCAUUCUGUUUCACAUUUCCCUCUCUCACUGAUGGGAGGAAAACACAAAAUAAACAGCAGGAUUCAAGUUAUAUGCUAUUUUAAUUUUUUCCUUUUUUGCAACUUAAAAAGAGAAUAAUAAUGAUAAAGACAGCAAAGACAGCUGAUUCUCAUGGCUGCUAUGUUUUUUUUUUCUGAAUAGCACUUUGCA